AUGUCGCAACCACGUGCAAAACCCAUCGAGCCUGGAGAACUCGACACUCACCCGGGCUAUGCUCGGAGGAACGAGGUUGUCAGAAGGGCUGACUACCUUGUUCAAAAUUAUCUCGAAGUACCUCCUCAUAUUCAAGCCGCAUACAACAUCAUCACUAGUAGACGCCAAGAAUGGGCCAUGGUUGACAACGCGACAAUAUGUCACAUUAUCGACUCACUCCCACCCGGGCUCACAGAGCGCAAGAUUUACAGAAGAGACGACCUCAAGGAGCCCAACCCCUUGAACGAACCGGGCUACUACCAAAUAAUGCGCCGUAUCCUCACCGCCGAACAUAUCUUCUACACAGGACCCCUAGCAGGACACAUCCUUGAGCAAAUGGGCGAGCCCGGCGGUCCUUUCAAGUACUACCUCAAACAAUCCAACAUCUCCAUCACCAACCUCCUCCACUUCACCCGAGCCGUCUCCCACAAAGCCCAAAAGCCCAAGUUAUCCCCCACCGAGAAGAAACCCCCGUCCCAAAGCUCCUCCAGCAAGCCCCCCUCCAUCGACCCUCCACCCAACAACAGUAUAAUCCACCCACAGUUCCAGUACAACAACAUCAACCGCCAAUCCUACUUCUUCGAAGACAUGUCCCGCGUCCUCCGCAAAAAACCAGACAACCACACUCAGCUCGAGCACCGCACCUUUCUCCUUCCCGACUUUCAAUCCCCCCACGAGUACAUCGACAAAGGAAUCCUCAAAAUCAACUCCCACACCCUCCUGUUCGACACAACCCUCAACAACACCCUUCUGAAACUCAUCCAAGAGCUCGACGUCAGACCAGGUAUCAUUGUAAAAGAGUUCUCCUUCUGGCCAGACGGAGCGGACUCAAACCUGCCAGAGACACCCAGUAGAUGGACGUAA